AUCUGGAAGAACAGAGAGGUGCGCUGCUGGUUUUGCACGGUGAGGAAGUUGCUAAAACGAGCAGAACAACGCAAAGGGAAGUGUGACUCAAGAAAAUAGCAACCCACCACCUGCGUGUCCUUUCUUUGGCAACACUGAAAUUUCAUAUGAGAGAUGAGUUGACAUUUAGCUGUGGUAGAUGUUCUUUAGCCGAUAAAAAUGAAAGCUGCCUGUGACGUAAAGGAAACUUAUUUAAGUGGCUUAGGAAAUCAAUUUGAACUUGUUAACCUCAGAGCAACGAGUGUUGUGCUUCAGUGUAAUAUUUGAAGCUUACAAGCAUGGAUGUCAUCUUCAAGGAGGGACUGUUGUACCAACAGGGAGUCAAGUUUGGAAAAAGAACAUGGCGUAAAAUAUGGAUGGUGCUGUACAGACCCAGUUCCACAGGGGUCGGCCGGUUGGAGCUUUUUACUGUAUGUGAUAAAAACAAUGCAACUGACCAGAAGAGGGCGGGUCGCCAGAAGACGCCAGACAGAAAAACGGUGCGUCUGUGUGACUGCCUCGUCGUCACCCCUGCUCCAGACAAGUCUUGCCCCCAAGGGUGCACGGCCUUCUACUUGAAGACCAUCCAGUGCACCUACACCCUGGCCUCCACGACGAGCCAGGACUGGCUGAGUGCCGUCUCUCUUCUGGCCUUCCAGAAGGAUCGAGAAGAAUCAGACAAAAGGGGAUUGGAGGGAGGAAAUGGCCUCACCAUGGAGAACAAUGACCUUUACUCAUCAUGGAAAACCAAUCCGAUCCUUCCACUGAACCAGUACCGAGUGACAGUCCAGGGCACAGAAGCAUCCAGGAGGUGCAGACUGGCUGGAGUGUAUCUGCUCUCCCCGGACGAAGAAGCUGUGACUCUGCUCGCCUGCUACACCGGCCACAUCAUCUACUGCUGGCCGUACACACUCAUAUGCAAAUUUUGUGAAGUUGAGGGCGGAUUCAGCAUGGAAGUCAGCCGCCGCGCUCAGUCAGGAGGAGGCGUGUUCAGAUUCCUGUCCCCUCAUGGUCCUGAGAUCCUCCGGGUCAUGUUGGAGCAUUGCUCUGCGGAGAGGAGCUCCUCCGCUCAGGCAUUCAACAUCAGCAGAAGAUGGUCAUAUGACCAGUCUCCUUAUAGCUGUACCUUCCCACCUACAGCCGCUGGUCCUCCUGUCUACAAUCCUGCAGAUGUCCCCGUUGACGCAGAGGACGACUCUGCCAUCCUCUACUCUAACAUUAAGGUCACUCAGGUCAAACCUCAUCUCUCUAGCAGCCAGGAGGCUGUUGGAGAUGUAGGUGAGGAUGAGCUGUGCUACUCCCUGGGCUCUGUAAGCCUAGAGGGUGAAAUGGAGGACAACAUUUACUACAACUUGCGGAGAUCCACUCCUCCUCUGAUCCGACGGGAUCCUGAGACAGAGUCGGAGUGCAUCUACUCCGAAGUGAAAAGAGAUGACUCUCCCUCAACCCCCCGGCGGCAGCCUUUCUCCUCACCCCUCUGCCAACCUGUUCUCCAGCCUCCUCCCUGCCCGCCUCCCCUGCCUGCUCUCUCCGCCCUCAACCUCAAGCCCGGAGACCCGCGUUGGCCCGCUGUGAGUAAUGUCAACCAGGCAGGGUUCAAUACUCAGGCACAUGAGGCGGAAGGCAUGGAUGAGAUGGAGGAGGCCAGCAGCUCCUCCGCCCAUGGCAUCACCCCCAGCGAGACCCCUGGCAGUUUUAAAUACAAACUGGCAGAACUCUUUUCUAAGGACCUGGCAAAGAUCCAGGCGCCCUUUCCCUCCGGAGUGGGCGGCCCCACAUUUUCUCACUAGGCUGUUAUUUACCAGGCAGAUGAGGAGGAGCCAUUUCAACCAUGAUGAAUAGUCAUGAGGCAUAUUUUUCUCCAAACAUCUUUCAAAAUCUCCAACCUGAAACAUCACGUGUCAAUUUUUUUGGGCUUGCAGACGUUCAUUAUGUUUAUCUGCAGAUUCUUGUUGUUUUUUUCUGGGGCUUGUUUAGUUUUUUUUUGAAAAACAGGAUUUAAUUAGUGUUGUUCGUCACUGCUGGAAUGUGGGAGACGCUGCGGGUCCCUGUGACAUGGCCAUUAGUUGAUAAGCUGAAAUAACGGCUGAUUAUUGGACGGUUUAAUUAUGGGG